CCUCCUCAACAUGAAGAGCUUAGUAAUCCUGGCGACUCUAGUGGGCCUUGUCCUCGCUCAGGAUGACACUUGCAGCGAAAAGUUCGUCCAGUUGGGCAAGAGUGCUUAUUUCUUGGAGCGAAAUAAGUUCAACUGGUGGGACUCCUCCAGAAGGUGUAUGGCCUUGGGCUCCCAACUGGCCCACAUCGACAGCGAGGAGGAGCUGAACGCGGUCUCCACUUACCUGAAUCAACUGGGAUUUUCUGCAGAGGAGGGCGUUUGGUUCUCUGGGUUCGGCAUAAAAUCCGGAGCGUGGAUAUCCAUAGCCAACUCCAGGAUACUGUCGUACUUCAAAUGGGGUCCUUCUGAGCCCAAUGAUUACGCCAGCUCCGAGAAUUGCCUGGGCCUCAAGGUCAACAGUGGCAACUGGUCCAUGUACGACUUGAGCUGCUUUAAGGAGAAUGCUUACCUAUGCGAAAAUGUUUCACAGUAGGUCUACAAAAUAUUAACAAAGAAUGUGUUCAUUUAUAAAUAAAUUGUUGUUAUUUAAUUACUAC